CUGAGGGCGUCUCCAGCGGGGCCGCGCCGUCCAUCCCCGGCGCUGGAGAUGGCGGAGGUGCGGAGAUUCACCAAGCGGCUCAGCAAACCCGGCACGGCCGCCGAGCUCCGGCAGAGCGCAUCCGAGGCUGUCCGUCACUCGCUGCCGACGGAGAAAGCUAAGAUCGUGGAGCCGUUGGAUUAUGAGAAUGUAAUUGAGCAGAAGAGAUCCCAGAUCCAAGGCGACAGCUUGCGGGAUCUUCUGCAGUUCCCCGUGGACGAGGUCUCGAUCGCUACAGUUCCACACCACAGACGGACAGUGUGCUCCGCGCUGCCUCCUGAUGCCGAGGCACAGGCUCAAGGCCUGUUGGUCAAAGAGUGUAUCAGGACCUACAACUCCGACUGGCUUGUGGUCAACUACAAAUAUGAAGCUUAUGGUGGGGAUUUCCGGUCGUUGCCCAGCAAAGUACAUCAGCUGGAGAAGCUGCCAGUGCAACUGUUUGAAGUGGAUGAAGAUGCAGAUGAGGAUGCUGCAUCGCUGUGCUCACAGAAAGGAGGCAACGUCAUGGAAGGGUGGCUCUAUAAAGCCCACAUGAACAACACCAUGAGUGUAACCAUCCGGGUUUUCAAGAGAAGAUUCUGUUACCUUACCCAACUUCCCGAUGGCUCCUACAGUCUCUGUUUCUGCAAAGACGAGAAGGGUUUCAAGGAGUCUAAAGGAUCAAUAUUUUUGGAUUCUUGCAUCGAUGUUGUUCAGUGCUCCAAGAUGCGGCGUUACGGCUUUGAGCUCCGGAUGCAGGAGAAGUGCAGCUGUCACUUGGCUGCGGAGAGUGAGCAGGAGAUGGACGAGUGGAUAACGACUCUGCGGAAAGUCAUCCAGAGCAACUUUGACGGCUCCAUGUCGGAGAGGAGGAACGGCGACUUGUCAGAGACGGGAAUCGACGAAGACUCGUUGAGCCAGGGCAAAUCUGAAAACAUGAUGGAGAGUCUGGAGAAGAGUAUGCACCCUGAGUUAAUGAAGUAUGCCCGUGAAUCAGAUUACCACAACAAACUCAGCCGCAACGAAGGCAGAUGUAAACUCUUUGCAAUGGAUGCAGAGGCACAGAAACUGGAUUUUUCGGGCAUUGAACCAGAGGUGAGGCCAUUGGAGGAAAAGUUUGGCAAGCGCUUUCUGGUCAAGUGCCACAACUUGAGUUUUGCUCUGCAAGGCCUGGUCAGUGAGCAGGGAGAUGGAACGAUGACCAAUCUGGAGCCCUUCUUCGUCACGCUGGCCCUCUUCGACACCAACAACAACUGCAAGAUCUCCGCCGAUUUCCAGGUGGACCUCAACCCGCCAGCUGUGCGGCAGAUGUUGCAGGACGGAGCGGAGGGAGGGGCGGUGAACGGGACGGCCGGCGAGAGUCCUGGCAGACGGGCAAGGGUGGUGGACGAGGGACUGCUCCGCUACCCCCUAGAGAGGUACGGAUUAUUCUCCGUCACUGCCCCACACCCAGAUAUCUACCUGGUGGCCCGUGUGGAGAAGGUGCUACAGGGCGGGAUCGCGCAGUGUGUCGAACCGUACAUUAAAGGUUCUGACACCAGCAAGACAGUGCAGAAGGUCCUGAAAGCUGCAAAGCAGAUCUGCAGCAGGCUGGGCGGGUACAGGAUGGCCUUCGCUUGGGCUGCAAGACCGGUGUUUAAAGACUCUGAAGGCACUUUGGACACAAGUGGGAAGUUCUCACCACUUUACAAGCAAGAUAGCAGCAAGUUGUCUACUGAAGACUUACUCAAAAUGCUGGCAGACUUCAAAAAGGCAGAGAAGAUAUCCAAGCUGCAGGUGAUUCCCGGAAACUUUGAGGUCACCAUCGAGCCUGUUUCUCCCGACAUUCCCAAUUGUGUGACUUCAUCCUACAUUCCCGUGAAGCCUUUUGCAGAAGCCGGCUGCGAUCAUGUCACCUUUGAAGUUGAGGAGUUUGUCGCCGACAUCGCCAAGUAUAUGUAUCCCUUCACCACCUUCAAGAACCACAUGUAUGUUUAUCCCAUUCAGCUGAAAUAUGACAACCAGAAAACCUUUGCAAAGGCAAGGAACAUUGCUGUCUGUGUGGAGGUGAGGGAUUCUGAUGCAGAUAAGACAUCCCCAUUGAAGUGUAUCUAUGGGAAGCCGGGAGAUCCAAUAUUCACCACCAGAACCUGUGCAACGGUAUUGCAUCAUCAGCAGAGUCCAGAGUUUUACAACGAGAUCAAGGUGGAGCUGCCUGUUCAUCUCCACGAGAAGCACCACCUCUUGUUCACCUUCUACCAUGUCAGCUGUGACAUCAACAGCAAGGGCACGACAAAGAAGCGGGAGGCUGUGGAGUCGCAGGUUGGGUUUGCUUGGCUGCCGCUGCUGAGGGAUGGCCGUGUGGUGACGUCGGAGCAGCAACUAGCGGUAUCGACCAACCUUCCUCCAGGGUACCUGGGCCAGCACACCGCUGACAGCAAGAAGCAUGCAGCUCCGGACAUUAAAUGGGUCGACGGGGGAAAGCCUUUGCUGAAAGUGAGAAACCUCUUGGUGUCCACCAUCUACACAGAGGACCAGUACCUGCACAGUUUCUUCCACCAUUGCCAGAUGAACCAGUCACCAGGGCAGGAGAUCACGGCGGACCUGGUCAAACACUUGAAGUGUUUGCACGCCAUGGAGACGUGUGUGAUGGUCAACUUCCUGCCAACCAUCUUGAAUCAGCUACUCCAGAUCCUCUCCAGGACCAGCCAGAGCGAAGUGGCUGUCAAUUCCAUCAGAGUAAUGAUACACAUGGUAUCGAAGUGUCACGAGGAGGGCUUGGACCACCUUCUGCGAUCUUAUAUAAAGUAUGUUUUCAGAACGGACCAGUGCGUGCCGCUGGGUGACAGGACCACGCACGAAGAGCUGGCAAAAUCCAUCUACAUCAUCCUCAAGCAAUCGGCCGACAUCCUCACUAUCAACAAGCUGCUGAAGCAUUCGUGGUUUUUCUUUGACCUGUUGAUCAAGUCGAUGGUGUUGCAUUUGAUUGCGAAGAACAGUAUGAAGGUGUCCAGGACGCAGAGAUUCCCAACGGGAUACCACCACGCCGUCCAAUCACUGCUCCUGGCCAUCAUUCCGCACGUCAGCCUCCGGUGCGGGGAGAUUCCCGACGAAGCGCGGAGUGUCAACAUCAGCUGGGCUCACUUCAUGAAGCGGUGCCUGACAUUGAUGGACAGAGGGUUCAUCUUCAACCUGAUCAACGACUACCUCAGCUGCUUCUCUUCCAAGGACACAAAGGUUCUUGCCGAGUACCGGCUAGACUUCCUCCAGACGGUGUGCCAGCACGAGCACUUUGUGCCGCUCAACCUGCCCAUGUCCUUCACCAAGGCCAGGCUGCUGCGGUCCCAAGACCUGCAGCUGGACUCCACCCUGAGCGAUGACUUUUGCCGGCACCACUUCCUGGUGGGUCUGGCGUUGCGGGAGCUGGGCCUCUCCCUCACCGAGUCCCGGGACAUCCGGCACACCGCCAUCGCCAACAUCAAGGGCCUGAUGAUGAAGCACGCCUUCGACGGGCGCUAUCCAAACAAGGGCCAGCAGGCACGGAUUGCAUUGCUUUACCUGCCGCUGCUGAAGGUGCUGUUUGACAAUGUGCAGCGGCUCAAGUUCAAGGACGUGACUUCCCUCAGCCUGACCUUCUCUAACACCAGUGUUCGAGAUGAGCUGCCCUUCAAUAUCUCGUCAACAAUCAACGGGUCCGCUGCCCGCAGAUCAGCCAUCUUCACCGACAAAGAGUUAACAUCCGCAGGUUACGUUACCUCGUUGGGCUUGCUGCUGAAACGUGAUGAUUCCCGCAGCUCCCUGAGCACAGAGACGGGCGCGGGCACGCCGGAGAGAGCCGAGGAUCGCCGCGACUCCGUGGACUUUACUGGACAAAGGAGAGCAUCAGCCGGGGGCGGAGCACCUCCUUAUUGCAAGUUCAGUCAACAGGAAAUCAGAAGUCUCCUCAUGUGUUUCCUUCACAUCGUUAAAACAAUGUCAGAAGACGCACUCUUGGCUUAUUGGAACAAGAUGGCCCCUCAAGAACUAAUGGAUUAUCUCUCGCUUUUAGAGAUCUGCCUUCAUCAGUUCCGAUAUGUGGGCCGCAGAUACAUCGCAAGGACCCAAGAGGCCCAGGGCUCCAAGUUCUCUGUGGCUGAGAGGAAGACACAGACGAUGCCAGCUCUCCGCAGCCGGCCGGCGUCAGUGCACGCCAGACUCCAGCAGGUCGGGCACAUGGACAGCUCGUUCACACUCAACCACAGUGCUGGGAUCAGUGAGGUGGAGGUCAGUCACCAGUCUCUGGUGGAGGGGAACCUGGCCACUGAAGUGGCACUGACUGUGCUCGACUCCGUCUCCUGCUUCAUCCACAACUUCAAGAACCAGCUGAUCCAGGAUGAUGGCCACAACCCGCUGAUGAAGAAAGUGUUCGACAUCCUGCUGCUGCUCACCGGCGGCCAGUCCGAAACCGCCAUGAGACACACCUUCGCCUCUCUACGGGCUUUCAUCAGCAAGUUCCCAGCGACGUUUUUUAAAGGCAGGGACAGUGUCUGUGCCACGUUUUGCUACGAAAUCCUGAAAGGCUGCACCUCGAAGCUGAACUCGACUCGCAGUGAAGCCUCUGCGCUCCUCUACCUGCUGAUGAGGAACAACUUUGAGUACACCAAGAGGAAGACCUUCCUGAGAACACACCUACAGAUCAUAAUUGCGGUGAGCCGACUAAUCGCUGAUGUGGUGUUCACCGGGGGAUCCCGCUUCCAGGACUCUCUGGCCAUCAUCAAUAACUUUGCCAACAGCGACAAGGCUCUCAAGUCGACCGCCUUCCCGGGCGAGGUGAAGGAUCUAACCAAGAGGAUCCGCACGGUGCUGAUGGCCACAGCCCAGAUGAAGGAGCAUGAGAAGGACCCUGAGAUGCUGGUUGACCUUCAGUACAGUUUGGCCAAGUCCUAUGCCAGCACGCCGGAGCUCAGGAAGACCUGGCUGGGCAGCAUGGCCAAAAUACACACCAAGAAUGGAGACCUCUCUGAGGCAGUGAUGUGUUUCGUUCACGUGGCAGCCGUGGUCGCUGAAUACCUCCACAGGAAAAAGUUGUUUCCUAAAGGAUGUGCAGCUUUCAAAGCCAUCACUCCCAACAUCGAGGAGGAAGCUGCCAUGAAAGAGGAUGCGGGGAUGCAAGAUGUCCAUUACACCGAGGUAAAUGCCCUGUCUGUCUGUUUGCGUGGGUUGUGGAACGCUGAGCGUUACGAGCUGAUGGCCGUCAUCUACAAGCUCAUCAUCCCCAUCUACGAGAGGCGCAGGGACUUUGAGAAGCUGGCCUUCGUGUACAACACCUUGAACGAAGCUUACAAGAAGAUAAUUCAGGUCGGGCGCACGGGCCGCCGGCUGCUGGGCACGUUUUUCCGCGUGGCCUUCUACGGGCAGGCCUUCUUUGAAGAGGAGGACGGCAAGGAGUACAUCUACAAGGAGCCCAAGCUGACAAGACUGCCCGAGAUCUCGGAGAGACUCCUCAAACUGUACGGUGAUAAGUUUGGAGCGGAGAACGUGAAAAUCAUUCAGGAUUCCAACAAGGUGAACACAAAGAGCCUGGACCAGAAGUUUGCCUACAUCCAGGUGACGUUUGUGGAGCCGUACUUCGAUGAGAAGGAGCUGCAGGAGCGGACCACCCCCUUUGAGAGGAACCACAAUGUGGCGCGGUUUGUCUUUGAAACUCCGUACACGGUGUCCGGGAAGAAGCAAGGAGGCGUGGAGGAACAAUGCAAGCGGAGAACCAUUCUCACCACCUCACACUCCUUCCCGUACGUGAAGAAGCGCAUUGCGGUCGCACGUGAACAGCAGGUCGAUCUGAAGCCCAUUGACGUGGCCCUCGAUGAGAUGAAGGACCGGACAGCGGAGCUUCAGAAGCUGUGUGACUCCAAUAGCCUCGACAUGAUCCAACUGCAGCUCAAACUGCAAGGCUGCGUCUCCGUGCAAGUCAACGCCGGCCCGCUGGCCUACGCCAGAGCCUUCCUAGACGGUGGCAAGUCGGCCAAGCUCCCCGCCAAGAAAGUCAAACUACUGAAGGAAACGUUCAGGGAAUUUGUGACGGCCUGCAGCCUGGCCCUGGAUUUGAACGAGCGGCUGAUUAAAGAGGACCAGCUGGAGUAUCACGAAGGGUUGAAGUCCAACUUUAAAGACAUGGUGAAAGAACUAUCGGAAAUCACUCAUGAGCAGAUGUUGGCAGAAGAUGAGCUGGUGAAAUCGCAGCUGAGGAACUCGCUGCACGUGUUCAGCGCCAUCAGCGGAACGUACCGUGGCACGUCUACCUUCUCGUCCGCUCCCUGACGCCCACAGAUCGGAGACAACCCUGCCCCUGCUGCUCACGGCCGGAUCGGGAUUGGUUACUGGGGGUCAGCGUUGGAUUGGGGCGAGGGACAUCGCCGGGCAAGCCAUUGGAUAUCUACUGUCACGGGCAUCCAGUGCCCUGAUCAGUCAAAGAGCCCAGUGACAAUGCAGACACGGGACGGAGACUCUACUCUCCACACAUGGCUCCAGCCUUGCCCGACAGCGCAAUGCCCUGCACUCCAGCCUGAUCAACCCAACAUCCUCAGCACCAUGCUUUUGCAACCUGUUAUUGACCCACAAACAGACCGGUGAAACCUUGUUAGACAGUAGCCACACCUUGCCCAGGUGUACAGUAUAAAACAGAACCAGUAUCUCAUCCAAAUGUCCCAUUCUCAUCUCAGACUGCUGUGUGUGUAAUUUGUAACUACACAUAACAAGCAAUUGUGUGUAAAAAUACCUUCAAUAUAUUCAUUGUUUUAUAUAUUUUGUGUGGAGUCGAU